GUCCUCACAUGCCUGGCUGGGAAUGUUGGUCUCACCUCUGGAGACUCCCUGUCGGCUGAAAGCUCUGUUGGCGACAGACCCUUCGCAACAAGCAGGUAUCAAACCCGUGACCCGUCCGGGGAGCAGGCCGGGGUGGUGGGUCCCACUGCACCCUGGGUGUCUGGGCUUUGGGAUCACACCUGAGACUGUCACGUUGCAAAGCGGGCCCCGUCCUCGACGGCGCGUCUCUGAGGCGUCUGUGUGGGAGGAGCCUGUUCACCUGAGGACGGCCGAGCCACUUCCUCCUCCUCCCCAUCAGCCACAGGUGAGAGGACAGUGCCUGGCUCACCGUCCAGGAUCCAGCACCUCGCUCUGACCCGCGGAGACAAGGUUGUCCUCCCACUCCCCCCCGUGAGCAGUCCGGCCUGCAGCAGGAGGAAACAGAGAUGAGGAGGACCGACUACUACCUGCCAGUCGCUGGCGAGGACAAGAGCAACAGCAAGACCCCCGGGAACAACGAGUCCAUCCCUCUGAAGAACCUGUAUGCGGCGGACGGUUCCCUGCUGCGUCCGGAGCUCGGCCCGUUCUUCAGCGACGGACAGCGCCGUGUGGACUACGUCCUGACGUACCACAUCCGGAGGCCGGGCGCCGCCCACCGCCGCCCCCCCAAGAGCGGCGAGGGGAACUUCAUCCGGCGGCUGCGGCGCAGCAUGAGCCUGAGGGGCAGUCGGGCGCCGCUGCAGCCCAGAGACGACCCCGAGAUCGCCGCCCAGGGCCAGAAGGUGGACAGCCACGAGGACGGCAACGUCCUGCAGCGGGAGGAGUUCGAGGAGAACCUGCUGGAGCAUGGCCUGGAGCUGGAGAAGGAAGAAGGGACGAAAGAUGUGGGCUUCCUGAAGAUCCACGCUCCCUGGGCCGUCUUGUGUCGAGAAGCCGAGCUGAUGAAGCUCAAGAUGCCCACGAAGGAGUCUUACGAUGUGAAGCAAGGCAGCAACCUGGUGGAGAAGAUCCGAAUGUUCAUCCACAAAGUCACGGCUCCUCUUCACCCCAAGGUCGACGCCGCCCAGCCUCAUGGCAUCAAGUACCUGUCCCACCCCUUCUCCCGGGAGAAGCAGCACCUGUUCGAUCUAUCUGACAAAGACGAGUUCUUCGACAGCAAGACCCGGAGCUCCAUAGUCUGGAAGAUUUUGAAGACGACGAGAUGCUUCAAGAACAAAUACCGCAUAGGAAUCACGAGCCUUCUUGCUAACGGCGUCUACACUUCAGCGUAUCCUCUGCAUGAUGGAGACAUUGAAGGAGUGACUGCCAGGCCUAAUGACAGGAAGCUGCUGUACGAGCAAUGGGCCAGCUACAGCGUCUUCUACAAGUACCAGCCCAUCGGACUCAUCAGGAAGUACUUUGGGGAGAAGGUGGGUCUGUACUUCGCCUGGUUGGGAGUCUACACGCAGAUGUUGAUCCCCGCCGCCAUCGUGGGAGUCAUCGUGUUUCUGUACGGCUGCGCCACUGUCGAUGACAACAUACCCAGCAUGGAGAUCUGCGAUCCCAGGAAUAACAUCACCAUGUGCCCGCUGUGCGACCGCGCCUGCAGCUACUGGAAGCUGGUGACGGCGUGCGGCACGGCGCGAGCCAGCCACCUGUUCGACAACCCCGCCACCGUCUUCUUCUCCAUCUUCAUGGCGCUGUGGGCUGUCCUCUUCAUGGAGCACUGGAAGAGACGGCAGAUGCGACUGAACUAUAUCUGGGACCUGACGGGCUUCGGAGAGGAGGAGGAGGAGCAUCAUAAGGAACACAACCGAGCAGAGUAUGAGUUACGGGUGAUGGAGAAGAAGAUGAGGCGGGAACACCUGCCGCCGAAGGAGGAGAAGGUGAAGCUGACCUGCACUGACAGGAUGCCGGCCUACAUGGUGGUGGUGGUCUCCAUGUGCUUCAUGAUCGCCCUGACCUUUGCCAUCGUCUUCGGGGUCAUCCUGUACCGCAUCAGCAUCAAGGCGGCGCUGCACAUGAGCACCUACCAGGCGGCGCGGUCCAACAUCCGAGCCACCGUCAAAACCACCGCUGCCAUCAUCAACCUCAUCAUCAUCAUCAUUCUGGACGAGAUCUACGGCGCCGUCGCACGCCGGCUCACCAUGCUAGAGGUCCCCAAGACUGACAAGAGCUUCGAGGAGCGCCUCAUCUUCAAGACCUUCAUCCUGAAGUUUGUCAACGCCUUCACCCCCAUCGUGUACCUGGCUUUCUUCAGAGGCAGGCUGGUUGGCAGACCGGGGAAGUACCUGUAUGUGGUGGGAUCGUACAGGAUGGAGGAGUGUGCCCACGCCGGCUGCCUCAUGGAGCUGUGCAUCCAGCUCUGCAUCACCAUGCUCGGCAAGCAGCUCAUCCAGAACAACCUGUUCGAGAUCGGAAUACCAAAACUGAAGAAAAUGUACCGGAAGAGAAACUCGAAGUCGGACCUGAACCACGAGGAGAAGAGGAACAAAACGCUGCAGCGCCACGAGAAGGACCACCUGCUGGGUCCAUACGUGGGCCUCAACCCCGAGUACAUGGAGAUGAUCAUCCAGUUCGGCAUGGUGACCCUGUUCGUGGCCUCCUUCCCUCUGGCUCCCCUCUUCGCUCUGCUCAACAACAUCAUCGAGAUUCGCCUGGACGCCAAGAAGUUUGUGACGGAGCUGCGUCGGCCCGUCGCCGCCAAGGCCAAGGACAUCGGGAUCUGGUACAACCUGCUCCGAGGCCUCAGCAAGGUGGCGGUCAUCGUCAACGCGUUCGUCAUCUCCUUCACGUCGGACUUCAUCCCCCGGCUGGUGUACCAGUACUCCUACAGCCCCGACGGCACCAUGCACGGCUUCAUCAACCACACCCUGUCCUACUUCAACGUCAGCCACUUCCAGCCGGGCACCGACCCGCUGGAGCCCUUCCACCUGGGCUACAAGGUGCACGUGUGCAGGUAUAAGGACUACAGAGAGCCGCCCUGGUCGGACACUCCCUACGAACUCUCCAAGGAGUUCUGGGCCAUCCUGGCGGCGCGCCUCGCCUUCGUCAUCGUCUUUCAGAACGUGGUCAUGCUGAUGAGCGACUUCGUGGACUGGCUCAUCCCCGACAUCCCCAAGGACAUCAGCCAGCAGAUCCGCGAGGAGAAGAGCCUGAUGGUCAAGCUGUUCAUGGAGAAGGAGCAGGGGAAGGGGAAGGGGCGGGCCGCCUGCUCCUCGGCCAAUCACAGCCCGGCGCGGCCGCGCUCCUAAACGGAGCCGCCAGUCCGCCAGCAGAAGCGAGCAAACUCAACAAGCUGUAAAUAUGUCCGCCGGCCGGAGUGUGUGUCGCUUCAGCUUCAGCCUUGCUUCAGUCACAUGUUUGCGGUCCGGACGUGGACCUGUACCUCUCCGUGUCGCUCUCCAGUGGUGCAUUUCACUCCCGUGUCGUAUCUCCAGCCAUAGAAACUCAACUCUUUGCAGUUCUUUCCUGCAGAUUAACAAACUCAAACUCUUUGAAGAAUGUCAGAGGAACAAGCCAUCAGCCCGCAAGCUCCGCCUCCCCUCAGCGCUCCGCCUCGUCCAUCAGGGCCCGCCCCCACCCGUCCGUCCAACCAGCUGGGGAGCCGUGCCGCGGCGUCUUUUGCACAAUUUAAGCAAGAGUUUCUUGAAGAUGCAGGACGUGUCGCUCACAGGCUCCAGGAGACUUUUUGUAUGUGCAGUCCUGUUUAUUUGUACUGUUUCUGUGUUAGAUUCAAGCAGUGAUUUCAUUUGUGGAAGCACAAGUCACAUUAAUAAUCAUCUUCCGAUGAACUGGAAUGGAUCGCGCUGCAGUGGGCGGGAUCCGGAGCGGACCACCGCUCCACACUGCAGGGACGGCCUGGACAGGGGACACACACUGUCGCCAUGAUACUGCAAAUGUUUCAGCAAACAAGGAAGACGCAUCCAGCACAGCAUCGGCAUUUAUUGAGAAAAGAUCACUUCAGUAUUCACAGUCCGCACAAGAGGCAUUUUCACCACUUUGGACCAAGGAAAAUUGAUGCAAACCUUAAAAACAUGUUAAACAGUUAUGAAGAGUGGUGAUCACCCACCUCAAACUUCUAGUUUCACUUAAUAACGACCCAUAUAAACAUUAGGCAUUUUAUUACAUUUAAGCUAUUUUAUCUGUUUUAUCUACUUGAGAUUUAGCAGUUUUAAUUGUCUCUUCAUGUUUUUUUAAAACUCAGUAUUUGUCAGCUGAAGUGAAAGUCAGCCUGCAGGAGAUUCUGGGUUCACUGGAUCUUUUACAUCUCACAUCUACACCUACCUACUGGAAAACUUAAUGGACUCACUGUAGAACGGCUCUAGAGACUCUACAGCUGCUCUAUAGUGACUCUACAGCUCUAUAGUUACCGUAUUGGCCCGAAUAUAAGACGACUCAGAUUAUAACACGACCCCUAUUUUUCAAAGAUCAUUUUGUGGAAAAAAAAAA